AUGAGCCCCGCGGUGCCCGUGCCCGUGCCCGCCGGCAGGAUGCUGCUCGCCCUGGCCCUGGCCUGCGCCAGCCCCUUCCUGGAGCCGCCGGCGGCGCCGCGCCGGACGCUCAACGUGGCCGUGAUCCUCAGCGGGGCCUCCUACGGCCCCGCCGGGCCCCGCCUGGCGCCCGGAACCUUCCGGAACUUCUCUCUGGACGUGAACCCGGUGGGGGUGGUGCUGAACGACACCAACCCGCGCAGCCUGAUCGUGCGGCUGUGCGACGUGCUGUCCUCGCUGCGCAUCCACGGCGUCGUCUUCGAGGACGACACGCGCUCCGAGGCCGUGGCGCAGAUCCUCGACUUCAUCUCGGCCCAGACCUCCGUGCCCAUCAUCGGCGUCAACGGCGGCUCCGCCAUCGUCCUCACGCCCAAGGAGAAGGGCUCCACCUUCCUGCAGCUGGGCUCCUCCACGGAGCAGCAGCUCCAGGUGAUCUUCGAGGUGCUGGAGGAAUACGACUGGACGGCCUUCGCUGUGGUCACCACGCUGCUGCCCGGCUACGAGGACUUUGUGGACUACGUGGAGGUGCUGACCGACAGCAGCUUCAUCGGCUGGGAGCACCGCGGCGUGGUCACCCUCAACCUGACCGACGACCCCGAGGGCGCGCGGACGCGCCGGCAGCUGCGCGAGGUGACGGCGCAGAUCCGCCUGCUCUACUGCUCGCGCGACGAGGCCGAGGCCGUGUUCCGCGCCGCUCGCGACGCCGGCCUGGCCGGGCCCGGCUACAUCUGGUUCGUGGUGGGCACCAACCUGGGGGGCAGCGAGCAGCUGCCCGAGCACGCGCCCGCCGGGCUGUUCGCCGUGCUGUCGGCCGGCUGGCGCGACGACCUGCAGCACCGCGUGCGCAACGGCGUGGCCAUCGUGGCCAAGGGCGCCGAGGCGCUGCUGCGCGACUACGGCUUCAUCCCCGAGUUCAACAACGACUGCCGCGCGCCCAACGUCACCCAGAUCAACGACAACCUGCACAGGUACUUCAUGAACAUCACGUGGGGACAGAAGGAUUUCUCCUUCAACGAGGACGGGUACCUGGUGAACCCCUCGCUGGUCGUCAUCUCCCUCAACAAGGAGCGCAACUGGGAGGUGGUGGGCAGCUGGGAGCAGCAGGUGCUGAGGCUCAAGUACCCGGUGUGGUCGCGCUACGGGCGGUUCCUGCAGCCCGUGGAGGACGGGCGGCACCUGACGGUGGCCACGCUGGAGGAACGUCCCUUUGUCAUCGUGGAGAACAUCGACCCCGCCACCGGCACCUGCAUCCGCGACUCCGUGCCCUGCCGGCGCCAGCUCAACCGCACCGCCAG